UCAACGUCGGCGUGUUUGUUGAGACCAACGUUAGCAAGUUCCACCAAUAUUGGCCAACGUUGGCAUGUAGUGGAACCAACGUUGGCUCAACGUCGGCGUGUUUGUUGAGACCAACGUUAGCAAGUUCCACCAAUAUUGGCCCAACGUUGGCUCAACGUCGGCGUGUUUGUUGAGAGCAACGUUAGCAAGUUCCACCAAUAUUGGCCCAACGUUGGCUCAACGUCGGCGUGUUUGUUGAGACCAACGUUAGCAAGUUCCACCAAUAUUGGCCCCACUGUUGGCGUGUGGUUGAACCAACGUCGGGGUCAACGUUGCUGCCGACGUUCCACGCGAGUAAGAGAACUCUGAAGAACCAGGACAAGUCUCAUUCGCAACAGUGACCCCGGUGAAAGCUGAUACUGCACAUCUCAUCAUGGCUGGGCACAUCCAACUGUUGGCUGCUAUCUUCGUCAUUGCUGCUGUUUCGGUGCCUUCUUAUGCGAGGCGUUAUGAAGACUGGAGCCAGCUCAUUCUGACACAGCACUGGCCCCAGAGUUUUUGUAUGUCCCAGUGGUCUGAAAAACACAACUGCACCAUUCCAAGUUCCGUGAAGAGCUGGUCAAUCCACGGCCUGUGGACUAACCACAGGACUUUCUGCAACAAAUCGUGGCAUUUUGAUGUUAAAGAAAUUGAGGAUUUACUGCCACAACUGGACCAAUUCUGGCCAGACCUUGAGAAGACCAAUGGCACUGACCUUUGGAAACAUGAAUGGAUAAGACAUGGCACUUGUGCUGCCACCCUCGAGGCCCUCAACUCCCAGCACAAUUAUUUCAGCAAGACCAUGGAGCUCUACCAGAAGCUUGACAUCAGCAAAGCUCUAAGUGAUGCUGGUGUGACCCCAUCGAACACAGUUUUCUACAAGGAGGAACAGAUCCUUGAAGCGUUUUCGACAGCUUUUGGGGUCAAGGCCAAGUUGCAGUGCCUCACAGUUCCCCAGGAGGAAAACACCCAGCUGCUGGGACAGAUUCAGAUGUGUUGGAGCCGAGAGUUCUCCCUUGUGAACUGUUCUCGGCAUGCCGAAGCUGGCAUUCCUGUGCCAAACAGCUACUCCAAAAGUUUCACCCCUAGCAAUGAUAUUGUUUGUGAUCCUGCAAAGAUCAUCCACUACCCCCUAAUUGGUAAAUUCUAAAUGCAAGUAUGUAGACUUGAAUGGAGUUUUAGUUUGAAGGUUGGUGUAUUGUGUUACCUGAUGAACAUAUACACUGAAAUGUAUUGUUGUGCCUGAUGUUCAACAUUAGAGAGUUAUCCCUUGUUCAACGUGCGGUACGAGAUUUGUUGUUCAUGUCAUACAUUUUUAUGUGCUGGUUUAAUACUGACAAUUUGUUAUUUUUUCGAGUGAAAAAAAAGUUCACAUUUAUUUUACAUUCGUUUGUCACUCUUCUCGUGGAUGAAGGCCUCUCCUGUGCUGUUGAUUGUUGUUGUUUUUAUUAUUAUACUUCACGCUGGUCAGUGCAGGUUGGUGAUGGGGUGGGGGAAGGGUAUAGAGGACCAGUUCAGGUAUCACUUGCUGCUGAUGUUAGCCCACAGCUGGGAAUUGAACUCGGGUUCCAGAAUAAGAGCACAGUGUAUUAACCACUGCCAUUUUUUCAGUAAAAUUUGUUUUUUUAUUAAUGUGUACAACAUUCACUUUAAAACGUUUUACUUUGAUAUACCCAGAGUAAUCUCAGUGGUCCAUUAAUUGUAAUUAUUAUAGUCAUGUUUUACCUUUUUAUGCAUGAAGCAAAAGUUUAAAUUGUACACUUUUCUAAAAACUAAUUUGUGGGAUUUGUAUCUAACUUAAAUUGUUAUGAUAUAAAUGUAAAUAUAAUCAGUGAAUCAAUAACCAAACAAUCAAGACAGUCUAUUAAUUUCAUGUGUAAUCGAUAUACAUAAACACAUUGAUUGAACAACACGCACAAAUAUUUCUGCUAUAACCUAAUAAAAACACGAAGGAAAAUCUUGCACAUGCAAGGAAAACAACAUGCGUUGGGAAGUAAAUGGCACACACAACAUUUGCAGAACACUCACCACCAUGAGGUGGCGCUGUCUCUCUGACUUCACUACACGGAAAUGUCAUGGAGAGCCAUGGGACUAGCGGCACUCAUCGGAUGUACGAGAUUAGACGGUUCCAUUUGUUUUGUAAUACAUUUGGAACGUUAAUUUCCCAAUGCAAAUGUGGUCGCCGAUCUCAAACAGCAGACCACACGGUAGCACCGCUGCCCGCAACGAUCAUGCAUCGGCAGCUCUUUCGGAUUUCCAGCAGGCCGCGCUGGAUCGACGAGGACAUAAAAAGUUUCUCACAAAUUUCAUACCGUUCGAAAGGAGAAGAGUAAGUGUGAGAUUAAACCAGUUAUAAUUAGUAGGGGUGCAUACAUUCUGAGGUUCAACAAUGCAGAUGCAUCUUUCGACAUUUUGUUACAGAUCGACCUUUGUACCUGUAACUUUAACGUUUUAGUGCCGUUCGCCAUACAUUCGAAGGGCACAACAUUUACAUUCACAUUCAGUGCUGAGCACAUCUCUAAAUGAAACAACGGUGGUACAGUAAUUCCAUCGUUUCGGAGUGCGAUUAUCAAGCGCAUUGUGCCUUUGUGUAACAUUCAAUUUGCAUUGGUGAUACUGGACCGAUUUUUAGAAAUGAAAGUGAUGCAAGUGUGUUACUUUUAAGAAGUGUACUGCAUAUUUGGACUUUCCACUAAAUGUCUUUUCAUUGUCCUUUGGUUAUUUCGGUAAAGUCACGUAGAAUGAGAAUAAAAUAAUAUUUUAUUAGAGAAUAAAAUAAAAUAAUAUUUUAAAAUAAAAUAAUAUUUUAUUAGAGAAUAAAAUAAAAUAAUAUUUUAAAAUAAAAUCAUAUUUUAUUCUCAUUCUACGUGACUUUACGUCACUUUACCGAAAGAACCAAAGAAGAUGAAUCCUUGCAGUCAUGAAAGCUUUAAAUCGAAAAGUCUUUUCAUUGCUUGGGCAACUUAUAUCCUGCACUGCCCCUACAGCUGUUGGUGUGUUCGUUCAUUUUGGGGCUUGUGGAAAAUGCUUUUUGAGUUAAAAUUAAGGAAUUAAAAAUAUAGAUGAGGAUAUUUUGUGCCUCGUGGUUUGCAUAUGUGCCUUGUAUUUUUAGAAAUUUUUCAAUUUCUGUUGGAAUUUUGCUCCAUUUUGCAAAAUUAGCAUUUUGCUCCAAGUGAAAAUUAAGGGUUUAAAAAUGAUGAUUGUGUUUUAUCCAAAAAUAUAUUUCAUAACUUGGUUUAAGUGUUUUAAUUUUUUUUAUAAGUUUCAAAUUCUGUUAUUGAUAUUACUCUGUUUUGCUUCAUUUUGGAGUUGAUUGAAAUUGGGGUGAGAAUUUAUUAAAAUUAUUGAUUGUCAUGUCUUGUG